GUCUUCCAACGUCCUCCUCGAGCAUCAUCUGCCAUCCUACCUUGUCAAGCCUUUACUAUUCCUACCUCAACAAUGUCCCCCAGUCCCGUCGACGUGCUGAUCAUCGGCGGCGGUCCCGCCGGCCUAACCGCAGCCCUAACACUCUCCCGACAACUGCACACAGCGAUCCUCUUCGACAACCACGAGUACCGCAACAAAACCUCCCCCUACAUGCACAUGAUCCCAGGCUGGGACCACAAAGACCCCGCAGAGUUCCGCAGCACCGCCCACGAAGAGAUCGCGCGGUACGGGACGGUGCAGCUCGAGAACGUAACCAUCACGAAGCUCGAGCAGCUCGACAACAACGACCCCCUCCCGCUCUUCGCCGCAGCCGACGCCAACGGCAACACCUGGACCGGCCGGAAGGUGAUCCUGGCCACCGGGUCCAAGGACAUCUACCCGGAUAUCCCAGGAUACGCCGAAGCAUGGGGGAAGCGGAUCUACCACUGCCUCUUCUGCAAAGGCCGCGAAGACCACCCCGCAACAAACGCAGGGGUCCUGGCCAUCCAAACCGCCGCCAACAUCCCAAUGGCACUUCACCAAGCCGAGAACGCCGCGCAGCUGGCGACCAACGUAACGAUCUACACGCACGGCGCCGAAACGCUCGCAGCCGAGCUGAAAGCCCUGCUAGCUAGCAAGGGAAGCGAGGGGGUAUUCCGUGUGGACGCACGGCCGAUCGCGCGUCUUGCGCUGCCAUCCGAGGAAACGGAACCGAACUCCAUCGAACUGCUUUUCGAAGACGGAAGUACCGGCACCGAAACCUUCCUCGUGCAUAACCCGCUGACAUGUGUGCGGAGCCCGCUGGCCGCGCAGCUGGGCGUGGCGAUGGCGUCUAGUCCCCUACCGGAGGUGGCGGACGUCGCGGCGCCGGCGCCGGUGCAUCAGACGAGCGUGCGCGGGGUGUUCGCGGCCGGGGACUGUAUUACCCCGUAUAAGGUGGUCGCUGGGGCGAUAUCCAGCGGGUGUAAUGCGGCGGUGGCGGCGUCGGCGCAGUUGGUUGCGGAGCGGUUUGGGCAUCCGGCUUUGUUUUAGUGGAGGGUAUUCGCAUGGGGUGGACUGUAGUCUAUCUACUUAGGUAUUGAGAGAGGGGAAUAAUUGCAGAGGAUGCGUAGAGUCAAGUAGUUUUGAAUUAUGAUAAGC